UAUAAAUUCAUGUGGAUGGUUGGUGCUGUUUUUUUAAUUCUAUUUCGCUUAACUAUGGGACUGUUGUCUGACUACAAGCUCUGUGGAGAUUCUGAGUGUGAAAGUUUGAUGAGCAGAGUGCAGGCUAUUAAAGACCACCACAGUAAGGACUGUCGUUUCCUGAGCUUUAGACGUGGGGACAUCAUUUUUGUAUACCACAAACUUACUGGAAAAAGGGAAGACCUCUGGGCAGGCAGUAUUGACAGACAGUUUGGCUACUUUCCAAAAGAUGCUGUGCAAGAAGAACAAGUCUAUGCAACUACGGAGAAAGUAGUGGAGACACAGAACUCUGACUUUUUCUGCAUGGAUGAGUCUGGACAUCCUAUUGACACCACUUAUCUGGAUGAUUAUGAUAAUAAUGAAAAAUCACAACCUCAGGAGUCAGAAACCAUCCAAAUUAGCCCAAAUGCUCAUGACACAAAUGCUGACGGGCCUUCAACAUCUUCAGAUGCCUCUACUGAGGUUAAAGCACAAGAAGCCGAAGAAGAAAACAAAAAUCUCAAUGAUGCUGCUGAAGCUCACGAGGAGGCACACAAGACUUCUGCAGCUCAGAAAGAACAAGGUGGGUCUCCCUCCUCCUCCUCCUGGCUGGGUUCUUCAGUGACAGGAUGGUUAGGCCUUUCUAAAGAGGAGCAAUCUGGCAAUUUGGAACAUGCGGGGGAAGAGGAAGGGGAAAAUACUAAAGCAGAUUCUUCACUCACAUCUUCUGUUACGGGAUGGCUGGGCAUUGGAGGGGAACAAAAACCAGAGAACGUGGAAGAAAAUGUGAAACUUAAAGAGGAAUCAUACACUUCAGCCGUGACAGGGUGGCUCGGCUAUGGAGGAGAGGUGAAAGCUGUCCCUGAAAAAGAUGAGCCAAACAGCGAACAAGAAUCGGAACCUGUGGAGAAAUUUCGGAGUAGAAGAAUGUCUCUGGACCUGGAAGACAGUGAAUUACAUGAAAAAGAGGAGAUAGAGGUGGGGGCUUUUGGUUGGUUGGGAAGUGGGCUUUCGAGCAGGCUGGGGUUUGGUCAGAACGAACAGGAUUCAGGAGAUGAAACAAAACUCGGAGGGGAAGCUGAAGAGAAGAAGGAACAAGAGGUGGGUUCUUGGAUGAACAUGGGGAUUGGGGACAUGUUUCGUUUUAGAAAUGAUCAUUCUGACGGUGACGGUAAAGAAGAUGGCAUUAAGGAUACCGAAAAGGACAAACCACUUGAAGAAACGGCCAAAUCAGAAAAUCUGGAUGCGGAUGAAUCACAUGCUCCACUAACAGGUGAGGAAAAAACUGAAACUAACAAAGAAUUACAAGCUGAAGAACCCACAAGCGUCACAUCCGCAGAACCAGUCAGUGAUAUUAAUAAUAAUAUUAUAGAUGAUAAUGUAGAUAAUUCUGACAGAAAGGAGCGCAAUGUGUUAGCUGGACUCAAGGUUGAUCUAAAAGAUGUUUCACCACAGGCUAUUGUUCAAAUGUCCUCCAGCAUCAACCUCUUUUCCCAAACAGAUAAUAAAGAAGAUGACAAGUUGGAAAAUAACAGGGAAAUAGAUGAAGAUGGAUCUGCAAAAACGGAGGUUUAUCAGAUGCAUGACUCAGCAGGAAAUCUGAGAGCUAGUCACACAAGGGAGCCAGUAGUAAAUGAAAUGAAUACUACGAAUAACAAUAAAGAUUUUAUAACACAGACUGAAAACAGUUUGGGCAGUGAUCACACUUUUGAAGAUAUAAUUUUAAAGUCCAUGGAGCAGUUUGAAGGUAGAGAGGCAGACCUGACACCAAAAAGUGUUGAAAUCACAAAUGCAGUUCAGAACUUGGAAGAAUCCAAUAAUACAUCAGUAAAAGAUGAACUUAGAGCUGAUGAUCAUAAAGAAGAGCCGUCAAAUAAAACAACAUAUUCAGCUCGGAACGAAAUGUUCACAACUCAAACUGAAGAAUCAGCUGAGAUAGGUCGAAUCGGACCAGAGUUGAAUCAGCCUGCGGAAGAAGAUGAGUUUAUCCCACAUGAGGAAAGUUUUAGUCCCUCCAUAGCAGAAACAAAUGCUCCCAACUCAACAGCUAAAACUGAUAACGUAGAACCAGAGAUCGAUCUUGAAGAAUUAAAACUGGAGGGUGGCUCUCAGGAGUUUGGAUCCUUGCAUUCUGGUAAUGAAAAUACUACAAAAAUGUAUGAAGAUGUUCCAGAGGAAGACAGAAAUACAAUCCUCACAAACAUGAAUCAGACACUUGAGUCUUCACAGAUGAAAGAAGAAGUCGCAAAGAGAUUCAGUGAUGCUGAAAAUCUAAAAGGAACUUUGAAGGAUCAAAAUGAAGAAGCUAAGAAGGAGACAACAGACUUUAAAGAAGAAGUUUUGAACGAUAAAUCAACUUUGGGUCCUGAAACAGAAAAUAAAGCCUUUGACCGAGUAGAAGAGGGUGGAAAGAUAACAACCGAGGAAAUGGAAAGAGGGCAAGAUGAUAUUUUAAAGGAAGAGGAGAACCAGCAGGAAGUGCAUGAGGUAAAGAACGAGGAACAGCCCGUGGAAGCAGAUAGAAAUGAAAAGGAGAAAAAUAAUCUGGACAAGAAAUUAAAAGAAAAUGAAGAGAAGAACAAGGAUGUAAAAGAGGAGUCAAAGAUGGAGAGAGCAGAGGAGGUGAUGGAGUUGAACGAAGAAAAGCAACAAGAGGUGGAAGAGCUGAAGAAGGAAGAGAACCAGGUAAACCAGUUACUCGAGCAAGAAAAUCAAGCCAGAGUGGAGGGAUUUAAGGAACCGGAGGAGAAACAGGAGACCCUGGAUGAUGACAUUUUAGCAUCAUCUUUCACUGAAACAACAAAACAGACUGAAAGCCGAAAGAUGGAGGAGGGAAAGAGAGAGAAAACAGAGGAUGAGGAAGCAUCUGAGAAAGUAAAGGAUGAAAAUCUUGAGGAGGGGGUUGAAGAAAAGCAGCAAAUUGAGCAUGUGGAGAGCGAUCGUCCUGAAGACAGCAAAGAGGAGGCAGAGGAAGAAAGAGAGGGAGUUGGCUCUGAGGAUGGAGCAAGUUCAACAGAUGUAGCAGCUGCAUGGAUGGGCGAAAACAAAAUGGAAGAGAGGGAAACAAACAUUUCUGAAAUCUCAAAUGAUGUAGACGAAGAGCAAAUUCAGAAAACUGAUGGUACAACACUUGGGAGUGAAUCCCACAGUGAAGGAAGAGCUGAGCAGGACUCUAAUGAAAGUCACAUUCAAGCAUCGGAACAAACGGAGCCUGGAGGUCUUACUGAGUCCUCACAUCCACCUGGAGCAGCAGCGAGCGAGAGCAGAGGAGCGUUUGGUCUUUUCAAAAACACUUUUGGCUUUCUCUCUCCAACAUCUACAGAGUCCACGCAAUCUGCACAGAGUUUUAACACGAAUACGGCUGAGACGUCACAACCACAAGGCUCUGAUCGUGAGCUGGAUUCCACCACUGAUCCAGUCCUCACCUCAGAGCAACCUCAUCCAAACAGUCCUCAUACUGCUCCUUCAACCACAGAAACACCCCCAAAAACAAACCCCGUCAACAAACUGUACAAGAAUCUCCUCACCCACAUGAGCGCCGAAGAGACGGCUGUUUUGUUGGAGCUGUUUGGGCGUCACAAGCUGCAGUUUUUAGAUUACGUUUUGGUUAGCUCAGAGGCUGUGACUGCAGGUGAUGAUCAGUCCAUACUGUCAGAUAUAGAAAGACUUCUGUGUCACCACAGGGAGAUGCUGGUAGCUCCACUGAGGCUCACAGACACACCACAGGAAGACAAAGAAAAGACCAGAACACUCAUUGCACUUCAGAAACUGGAAAUGUUACUGAAAACAAUCAAUGUCACUGUCAGCACAGGAAUAUCAGAUGUCAGUAAACAUCAAGAUGAGACCAGCUGUGCCACAUGUUCAUCUCAAGGUGAAGAAAGGAAAGACAGCCUGAGAGACGAGCAGAUAACUGCGGUAAACGAUCAAACAGGCGGUGGUACGGUUAAUGAGAAGAAAUAUGUGGAUGAGGAAAGAAGAGAUCAUGGAAGUAAAGAAGAGGGAGCAUCCCUCCAUUAUACUCAGCCAGGACCACAAAAGAAAGGGUUAAUGAAGCAAACUUUGGACUUUAUUCUUGGGGUGAUUGAAAACUACAAGGGCAUCGUCAGAUGGUUUAUCGUGAAGGUUGUAUCAUCCCUGCCUGAUGACAUGAGACCAGGUCCAGACCUGUACGGUGUACCAUGGGAACCAGUUAUCAUCACGGGUCUGGUGGGGCUGGUGACAUUUCUGUUGUUUACCUGCAGAUGUUACAGAUCUAUCAAGAGCAGAUUGUAUCGAAGUAAAGAGCAACGGAUGGCUCAGCAGAUCACACAGCUGCUGGAUGAAAAAUGUAAAGUCCUUGAGACGCUCAGUGAGUGUCAACAAGAGUAUGAUGAACUGGAGAACUCACUGAGAGAUGGAGGUGUUUCAGUCCAGACUCAAAAAACAGAAGAAUUAAAGGUCCAAGCCAGACAGUUGAAAGACACUGAAAAGGAUCUGGAGAGAGAUCUUGAUCAACUGAAAGCUCAGCUGGAGCAACAAAGAGAACAGAGGAAAGAGCAAGAACGAAGGAUAUCUGAGCUUGAGGAAAGUUUAAAAACAUUUGAAGAAGAAACUAAAAAUCUCCAGUCACAGGAUGAGCAGGCACAAACAACUCUGAAGAUAUACGAUAUGAACAGCGACAGACUGCAGGGGAACCUGGAAACGGCACGAGAGAAGAACACAGUGCUGCAGGAGAGCAACACUCAGCUGAGGCAGCAGGUGGAGGGAUGGGCAGAAAGAGUGAGUGAGUUGGAGGCAGAGAUGCAGAGAUGUGAGGUUGCUCACAGUGUGAUGGUGCAGGACGUUGCUGUCAAAGAUGAAUGCAUAAAGUCCUUGACGGAUACGCUGCUGAAGAUGAAAGGCUGGGAUUCAGAUCUGGAGGAAGACCAGGGUGAGGAAGGAGUAGAGAAGGAGACAACCAACGGGACACCACAAAAAGAAGACGGGAGUGGAAAAGGCAACUUAACAGACACACAUCUCCAGAAAGUGCAGAAACUUAUUUAUGCAGCUAAGUUAAACGCAGACCUCAAAUCAGUGGAUGAAGAUAAGGACCGAACAUUUGCAAAACUCAGCGAUGAAAUCAAGGCUAAAGAAGACCUUCAAGUGAGCAUUAAGGAGCUGGAAAGCGAGAAGUUAUCUUUACAGUCUGACUCUAAACAUUAUUCCGAUGAGGUUGAGCGGUUACAACAGAAACUCCACAUUAUGACUGAAAUGUACCAGGAGAAUGAGCUCAAGCUGCACAGAAUGCUGACUGUGGAAGAGAAGGAGCGUCUCCAGAAGGAAGAUAAAUUAAAUAAAGCUGACAAAAACAUUGCUAUGGCUUUGGAAGAGCUGAACAACUACAGAAAACGAGCAGAAGGGAUGGAGGAAGAGCUAGAGAAAACUAAACAGUCCUACCAGACUCAGAUAUCGGCACAUGAAACGAAGGCUCAUAAUAACUGGUUAGCAGCUCGGGCUGCAGAGAGAGACCUGGGAGACAUCAGAAGAGAGAACUCCCUCCUUAGACAGAAAAUCACAGAUACGCAGUUUAAGCUGGACUCCCUCGACAAAGAUACGUACGCCUUGAACAGCCUUGCAAGGCCACUGCCUUUCCGAGCUGAGCGGUCACCGUACAAUUCUUCUUUUCUUGGUCGACCCUCCUCUGAAACCAGACCCUUUCUCUCUCCUCCUACAUUAAUGGAUGGGCCACCUGCUAGACUGUCUCCUAGAGUAUCUCGUGGUCCAGUGGAUCCCCCAGGUGGCCAAGGAGAGAUGGAGCGCACUGGAGGUCCUCAUUCAGACAGUGGUUCAAACUCUCCCACAUGGGAGAGAGAUCGCAGAGGUCCCCCUCUGGGACCACCUCUGGGACCCCCUGGGCCUCUAGGUCCCCCAGGUUAUAUGUUUCCAGAACCAGGGGCUCCCAUAUUCAGGAGACCCCCACCUCCUCCAGCAGCUCUAGGCCUUUUACCUCCUCUUGGCUCCCUCCCACCUGGCCCUCUCCAACCUAGAGGUCUCCCCCCAGGACCUCCUCACCCUACAGACAUGACAGAUGGAGCCUUCAGAGAAAACCAUCUUGGACCUGGUGAUCAGGACCUAAGACUGCCUGGUCCUGGUGAUCCGAGGCCUCUCCUCGAAUCAGAUCUAAGGAUGGGUGGCCCUCCUCCUGGACCCCCAAUGGUUCCAAUGGAUGGUCCAUUUCCUUACAGAGCCCCUUACGGACCCCCACCACCUCCUGAUUUCUACCCUCCCAGGGGUCCGGGGGCUCCUCCCAUGAUGCGCAUGUGGCCCCCUCCUCAAGGAAUGAUGCUCCCUCCUCGCCUCCAUCCUGGUGGACCACUUCCUCCUAACAUGCCUUCUUAUGGUCCACCAAUUGGGCAUCCUUCUCCUGAUGGCCCCCCACCCCCUCAGCAGUCCCUCCCUCCCCCCACACACAGUCAGUCAUCAGAGGAGAGCAGACCUCCACCUGAGGACGUCAUUUGACCCCGACAGUUUCUGUUGAUGCUUCUCGUUGAUUUACCUCAGUGGAUGAAAGGUGGCAGACACCCCCCCCCCCUUUUUUUUUUUUUUACAACAUCUAUUUAUCCACCAGGAGGGGGCUGAAUGAAGUGGAAACAUCAGCCUUCAUAAGGCUGUUCUGUUGUCCCCCUCAAGCCUGUUUUUGUUUUCAGCACAUCAUUUUUCGGCUUCAUCCAGCUGAUGUUAUGACAUCACAGUAACAGCUGUUUGGUUCGUGCUUAGUUGCUUAAACUCUACAUUUUUAAGGAUUGUUGAGCC